AUGACAAACACAAGCAGGAUUCUACUCUGGUGCUGGUCGUUUCUCGCGCUUAUUCAAACGAUUUAUUCCAAUUCGAUUUCGGCUCAAUGGACGUCCUUUUGUAAUCAAACGAUCAAUAUGUCAUCGCCAUUGUCAAUCAUUUUCACACCAUCUUCGUUAGCGAAUUUAUCAUGUUGUAAUCUAACUCUGAUUAAACCAUCGGCAAUAAAUUCAUCUGAACAGAUAUUAAUCAAUAUGAAUAUUACACAGAUCAUUCCGUCGUUUCGUAUAUUUAAUAAACAAUUCCAAACGAUCGACUUGACCAAUUAUUCGUUAUUUAAUCACACGUAUUUUCGAAGUAACAUUUUGGAUCUACCAUUAACGUUUAGUUUGUGUCACUUCAAUAUUCAACCAUUUGAAAUGACCAUCACAAACAUAACUAAAGGUCCAUGCUUUGCAAAUCAAUAUCGAUGUCUGAUCAAUAAUCAAGAUCAAUGGUGUAGUGAUCAAACAUUUCAUUGUGAUGGUUAUUAUUCAUGUCCACAAGGCAAUGAUGAACACAAUUGUCCAAAAUCGAUGUCGAGAUUAACUCUGCCAAAAAUGAAACGAACAAUUAGUGGCGGAGUAGUCACAACGAUUAUUAUCUUUGGUCUCCUAUUGAUAAUUAGUUCAGUUAGUAUAGCAAUUGCAUUUCUUUAUUUUCAACGUAAACGCCAAAGACGAAGACAAUUUACUUAUUCACUUGAGUCAACAAGCGAUGAUUGGGAGCCAUCCGGUACUGGUUAUCAUUUAUUCGACAAUUGGACAACUAAUCAACGUCAUAAUACAGGAAACCAUAUCGAUAAUAUUAUUAUCGAUGCGAAUGAACAUAUGCCUAUAACAAAUCGGUGA